AUGCGGCACGCAUACAAGAAAAAGAUUCUAUAUUGUGGACUGGUUAUUGUCGGUGUUAUAAUAUUCCUUCACCCCAAUAUGAAUGCACGCCGGACUUAUGAUUUCAUCGAAAAGAGGAACAUUUUGGAGCAUUUAUAUGACCAAACGGCUCAAAACUUUACCAGCCCUGCUAUUUUGGAUUGUGAUUACCAUGACAUUUUAUUUGAUGAUACAACAAUGUCCAUAAACCUCAUGGAUGGAGAUUUGAUUGAGGGUCAUAGAAUAAAAGAUGGGGGAGAAUUUCACCCCUCGGAUUGCAAGCCUAAAUUCAGCACUGCAAUUAUAGUACCUUAUAGAGACAGAGCAGAAACACUACGUGGCUUUUUGGUAUACAUGCACAUGUUCCUUCGCCGUCAAAACAUACACUAUCGCAUUUAUGUUAUAGAACAGGUAGAUAUGAGGCCCUUUAAUAGGGCCAAACUAUUGAAUAUUGGUGCAGCUGCAGCAUUCAAAGCAGGGUACCCUUGCCUGGUCUUGCAUGAUGUUGAUUUGUUACCGUUGAAGCCUGCUAACCUGUAUGCCUGCACAAAAUGUCCUAGGCACAUGUCCUCUAGCAUCAAUAAGUUUAGGUUUGUCCUACCAUACCUCAGUCUAUUUGGUGGUGCUAUAGCAAUAACUUCAUCACAGUUUAAGCUCAUCAAUGGAAUGAGCAAUGAGUAUUAUGGUUGGGGAGGAGAAGAUGAUGACCUCUAUGCACGUUUGGAAGUAGGGGAACUUAAGCUGUGUAGAUUUGCACCGGAUACGAGCCGUUAUCACAUGGUUACCCACCAAACUCAGCAAAAAGGAGAAAAAAGGCACAAAUUGCUUAAUUAUGCGAAAAACAGAAUCAACAACGAUGGACUGAACACUCUGAGAUAUACUGAAGUAGCGACGGUACUCCACCCUCUUUUUACCCAUAUCAUGGUUGACUUGUAG